AUGGAUGCCGAAUCACCCGCCGAGAGAGAGAACAGGACUCGCUCCUUGUGGAAGAAACUGGACACGCAAAACGAUGGUUUCCUCGACUUCAAGGCCUUCCGGAAGGGCCUGAAGAAGCUCGAUCACCCUCUGAAGAAUGCAGAUGGCUUGAUAGAGGAUGUGCUCCAGGCCGCUGACAUCAACAACAGUGGCCGCAUCGAAUACGAUGAGUUCCGCAAAUUCGUCGACCAAACCGAACGAGAGCUCUGGCAGCUGUUCCAGAGUAUAGACCGCAACCACGAUGGCAACCUCGACAAGAACGAGCUACGCGCCGCCUUUGUCCGCGCCGGCCUCGCCGUACCCAACUCGCGUCUCGAUAGCUUCUUUGCCGAUGUCGACACAGACAAUGACGGUGUUAUCAACUUUGGCGAAUGGCGCGACUUCCUCCUGUUCAUGCCUAUCGGCUCGCCCGGACUUAAAGCCGUCAUGUCAUAUUACCAGUCGGCCAUGAAGGUGACUGCAGAGGGCGACGUGUCAGUCAGUGAUGAGACGAUUCAGGGACUAGGCUACUUCCUGGCUGGUGGCAUAUCAGGCGUUGCAUCGAGAACCACCACCGCUCCUCUAGACCGUCUCAAAGUUUACCUGAUCGCUCAGACUGGCACCAACGAAGCCGUGCAAGCCGUCAAACAUGGUGCUCCCGCAGCCGCAGCAAAAUCGAGCGCAAAUACUUUGGUUAAAGCAUGCAAAGAGCUUUGGGCUGCAGGCGGCAUCCGUAGCUUGUUUGCUGGCAAUGGUUUGAACAUCGUCAAAGUCAUGCCCGAGUCUGCCGUCAAGUUUGGCUCAUACGAGGCUGCAAAGAAGAUGGUCGCACGACUUGAAGGCCACUCAAACACACGUAACAUUUCACCCGUGUCGCAAUUCGUCGCCGGUGGCCUAGCAGGAAUGGUUUCACAAGCUGUCGUCUACCCUCUCGACACGCUAAAAUUCCGAAUGCAAUGCGAAACCGUACCAGGAGGUCUUCAUGGAACAAAACUUAUUGCCGCAACCGCUGUCAAGAUGUGGAAAACAAACGGCAUCUUAGCUUUCUAUCGCGGUCUGCCAAUGGGUCUUGUUGGCAUGUUCCCCUAUGCUGCUAUCGAUCUGGGUACUUUUGAGUACCUGAAACGCACCAUUACCGCAUACAACGUCAAGAAGUACGGCGGACACGAAGCCGAUGCUGCACCUAGCAGUUUUGCAACAGCUCUCAUAGGUGGCUUCAGUGGUGCCAUCGGCGCGUCCGCCGUCUAUCCCAUAAAUCUUCUCCGUACCCGAUUGCAGUCUCAAGGCACUGCCAGCCAUCCUCGCACCUACACCGGCAUUGUAGAUGUCACCCGACAGACUCUUGCAGGAGAAGGUGUCAGAGGUCUCUUCAAGGGACUGACACCCAAUCUGCUAAAGGUUGUGCCAGCCGUAUCCAUCACCUACGUCGUUUAUGAGAACACCAAGAAAGCCCUGAAUCUUCGCUGA